AUGUCAUCAUCACAUCAGCGUUCAACGAGUACACGACCAUCAAGACCGACACAAACCGUUGGUCCAUUAUAUGUGCAUCGAUCAGCCAGUGCUCCACAGCGACAAUUUAUUUUUGUUCUGACGAAUAAUCCUGAUUUAUUACGAGGCACUCGAGCAUUUCAAACACAGGAAUGGGAGCAACGACGUCGUGGUGGAAUGUUAAUACCCAAUCGACCCAUGCAUAUUGGCAGAGCUCAAACCGAAGAACAUGAAACAAUACUAUACAAUACAUUACGAUUCGAGUUAGAAGAAUGUGUUCGAGCCUAUCUUCAACGAACUCAACGUUUAUAUCCAAUAAAUUUAGUCUUCGAUUUGUCCAACGUACAACCACAGCGAUAA